UAGAUCUGCUCCGGGCUGGCUGAGCAAUGUCUCCCUGAAGCAGCCCAAAUCCUGUUUCUGGGCGGUUCUCCGCUCGGAAUUGCCCUGAAAACUGGGUUAACUUGGGCUCAGAAAGGCAGAGAAACACUACCUUUUGUACCGGACUGGAAGAAAACUAAGAAGCAAGAGAGCAAUGGCGAUUCUGGCAAAGCUGACUGGGUGUAGCGGGCUGACGCUGCUGUGCCUUUUUCUGGAGCUGCGAUUGGACCCCGUGGCCGGGAGUAUUCUCUACUCGGUGGCAGAAGAAACAGACAAAGGUACCUUCGUGGGCGACAUCAGCAAGGACCUGGGGCUGGAGCCGCGGGAGCUGGCGGAGCGCGGAGUUCGCAUCGUCUCGCGAGGUAGGGCGCCCCUUUUCGCUCUGAGCGCGCGCAGCGGUGGCUUGGUCACGGCGGGCAGGAUAGACCGCGAGGACCUCUGUGCUCAGAGCGCACGCUGUCUGGUGAGCUUUAACAUCCUUGUGGAAGAGAAAAUGAAGCUUUUCCCUGUCGAAGUGGAAAUAAUUGAUAUUAAUGACAACACCCCUCGAUUCCAGUUAGAAGAACUGGAAUUAAAAAUGAAUGAAAUAACCUCUCCAGGCACCAGGAUCCCUCUGCCUUUUGGGCAAGACCUUGAUGUGGGUGUGAACUCUCUCCAGAGCUACCAGCUCAGCUCCAACCCUCAUUUCUCCCUGGAUGUGCAACAGGGACCUGAUGGGCCCGAACGCCCAGAGAUGGUACUGCAAACGCCCCUGGACAGAGAGGCAGCAGCUGUCCACCACCUGGUCCUCACCGCUUCUGACGGGGGCAACCCAGUCCGUUCAGGGACUCUGCGCAUUCGAGUUCAGGUGGUGGAUGCGAAUGACAACCCUCCAGCGUUUACUCAGGCAGAAUACCACAUAAGUGUCCCGGAAGAUGUGCCACUGGGCACUCAGCUGCUUGUGGUCAAUGCCACCGACCCAGAUGAGGGAGCCAAUGGGGAAGUAACAUACUCUUUUCACAACAUAGAUCACAGAGUGGCCCAGAUAUUCCAGUUGCAUUCCUACACAGGAGAAAUAUCAAAUAAAGAGCCGCUGGAUUUCGAAGAAUACAAAAUUUACCCAAUGGAGAUUCAAGCCCAGGAUGGUGCUGGGCUCAUGGCCAGAGCUAAGGUGUUAGUCAAAGUUCUGGAUGUAAAUGAUAAUGCCCCAGAUGUGAGCAUCACUUCUGUCACCCCUGCAGUCCCAGAAAACUUCCCGCCUGGGGCUGUAAUUGCUCUAAUCAAUGUGCAUGACCAGGACUCCGAAGACAAUGGUCACACCACAUGCUCCAUUCCUGGAAACCUACCCUUUAAAUUGGAAAAGCUAGUAGAUAACUAUUACCGAUUGGUGACAGAAAGGACUCUGGACAGAGAACUUACCACUGGGUACAACAUCACAGUAACAGCAACAGACCAGGGAACUCCUGCUCUGUCUACUGAAACUCACAUUUUGCUGAUAGUGACGGAUAUCAAUGACAAUGCCCCAGAAUUCCAUCAGGACUCCUAUUCUGCCUAUAUUCCUGAAAAUAACCCCAAAGGUGCCUCCAUCUUCUCUGUAAAGGCUCAUGAUGCUGACAGCAAUGAGAAUGCACAGGUCACUUACUCCCUGGUGGAGGACACCAUCCAGGGGGCGCCCCUGUCCUCCUACAUCUCCAUCAACUCUGACACUGGAGUCCUCUAUGCACUGCGCUCCUUUGAUUAUGAGCAGUUCAGGGACUUACAACUGAGAGUCACUGCGAGUGACAGCGGGGACCCACCGCUCAGCAGCAACGUGUCGCUGACCCUGUUCGUGGUGGACCAGAAUGACAACGCCCCUGAGAUCCUGUACCCCACCCUCCCCACCGACGGCUCCACAGGGGUGGAGCUGGCGCCCCGCGCAGCAGAGCCCGGAUACCUGGUGACCAAGGUGGUGGCAGUGGACAGAGACUCGGGCCAGAACGCCUGGCUGUCCUACCGCCUGCUCAAGGCCAGCGAGCCGGGGCUGUUCGCCGUGGGGCUGCACACGGGCGAGGUGCGCACGGCGCGCGGCCUGCUGGACAGAGACGCGCUCAAGCAGAGCCUCGUGGUGGCCGUCCAGGACCACGGCCAGCCCCCGCUCUCGGCCACCGUCACGCUCACCGUGGCCGUGGCCGACAGCAUCCCCGACGUGCUGGCGGACCUGGGCAGCCUCAAGCCUUCCGCCAGUGCGGACGAGUCGGACCUCACGCUGUACCUGGUGGUGGCGGUGGCCGCGGUGUCCUGCGUCUUCCUGGCCUUCGUCAUCGUGCUGCUGGCGCUCAGGCUGCGGCGCUGGCACAGCUCUCGCCUGCUGCGGGCGUCGGGCUGUGGCGGGCUGGCGGGCGUGCCGGCCUCGCACUUUGUGGGCGUGGACGGGGUGCGCGCCUUCCUGCAGACCUAUUCCCACGAGGUGUCCCUCACGGCGGACUCGCGGAGCAGCCACGUGAUCUUCCCGCAGCCCAACUACGCGGACACGCUGCUCAGCAUCAGCCAGGAGAGCUGUGAGAAAAAGGAUUUUCUGUCAGCACCGCAGUCUCUCCUGGAGGACAGGAAGGAAGCGCUUUCUCAGGGGGCUGAGCGUUUGGCCCGCAAACUUCGGUGCGGCAAAGAAAUUCGGUCCCGCAGUCCACAAGUUCCGCAGUGGCCUGGGCCCUCUGAGUGCUGAUCAUCUCAGACCCUGAACCAUAAAGAUUGGAAUCCCGCACUG